GGAAGACGAGGGGGAAGAUGGCGGCGCCUGGCCUGGCCUGAGGCCUGGUCUGUGUCUGUGAGGCGGACAAGAUACCUGUGUUCCAAAUAUAUCUGCGUCUCGUGGUGCUAGAGCGUGGUCUCUUCAGUGUCUUCUGAGUCGCUCUGUCUUCUGAGUGCCCAGGGGGAAGACUCACAUCUGGUCUCAGUCCUGCCACUUUUGGACUCUGGCUUGCUGAGAUGUUCUUGGAAAUGAAGACCCUAUGAAGUCACCACAGGCAUGAAAAGAAAAUAUCAAUAUAUAGUGGAGAUUGAGGAAUUUGGAAACCAAAGGGCAAUAAUGAAAGAAAUCCUGAGGGAAGAAAAAAUCCUCUCUAGGUGCCAAUCUUGUGGAACUCAAUUUGGAUUAAAAAGAAAAAGGUAACACUCACGUGUCUGUAUCGCAGUCAAUCAUAACUGUCAACAUGGAGGAGAAACCCUUUACAUGUCUUGAGUGUGGAAAGAGCUUCAGUUGGAGGAGCCAUCUGCUACGGCAUGAAAGGACUCACACUGGGGAGAAACCCUAUAAAUGCCUGGAGUGUGGACAGAGCUUCGGUGAUACUUCAACUCUACGUAGACAUCAAAGGACGCACACUGGGGAGAAAGCCUAUAAAUGCCUGGAGUGUGGACAGAGCUUCACUCAGAGUUCAGGCCUACAUUCACAUCAAAGAACUCACACUGGGGAGAAACCCUAUAAAUGCCUGGAGUGUGGACAGAGUUUUACUCAGAAGGGACACUUACAUACACAUCAAAGGACUCACACUGGGGAGAAACCCUAUAACUGCCUGGAGUGUGGACAGAGCUUCACUCAGAAGGCAAGCUUACAUUCACAUCAAAGGAUUCACACUGGGGAGAAACUCUAUACAUGCCCGGAGUGCGGAAAGAGUUUCACUCAUAGUUCAGGCCUACGUACACAUCAAAGAACUCACACUGGGGAGAAACCCUAUACAUGUCUGGAGUGUGGACAGACUUUCACUCAGAAUUCAGGCCUACGUAGACAUCAAAGGACUCACACUGGGGAGAAACCCUAUAAAUGCCUGGAGUGUGGACAAAGCUUCACGCAUAGUUCACGUCUACGUUCACAUCAAAGAACUCACACUGGGGAGAAACCCUAUACAUGUCUGGAGUGUGGACAGAGCUUCAUUGAUUGUUCAACUCUACGUUCACAUCAAAGAACUCACACUGGGGAGAAACCCUAUACAUGUCUGGAGUGUGGACAGAGUUUCACACAUAGUUCAGGCCUACGUAAACAUCAAAGGACUCACACUGGGGAGAAACCCUAUAAAUGCCUAGAGUGUGGACAAAGCUUCACUCAGAAGGGAAAUUUACAUACACAUCAAAGGACUCACACUGGGGAGAAACCCUAUAACUGCCUGGAGUGUGGACAGAGCUUCACUCAGAAGGCAAGCUUACAUACACAUCAAAGGACUCACACCAGGGAGAAACCCUAUAACUGCCUGGAGUGUGGACAGGGCUUCACUCAUAGUUCAGGCCUACGUAGACAUCAAAGGACUCACACUGGGGAGAAACCCUAUAAAUGCCUGGAGUGUGGACAGAGCUUCAGUCAGAAGGGAAAUUUACAUACACAUCAAAGGACUCACACUGGGGAGAAACCCUAUAACUGCCUGGAGUGUGGACAGGGCUUCACUCAUAGUUCAGGCCUACGUAGACAUCAAAGGACUCACACUGGGGAGAAACCCUAUAAAUGCCUGGAAUGUGGACAGAUAGAAUGAGGCUUUUAGUCAUGUAUCCAUGUCUGUUUGUUCAGUUGUGUGUCUAUGUAGGUAACUCGUUAGUCUGUUUACUUUAAUGUGUAGUUGAAGCAUUAUAUAUAAUUUCUGCCUUUUUGGCAUUGUUGCUUUUAAUAUCUCAUUUUAUUUUUUUAUUUUUUGCAAAAAAAGGGGGAUUUAUAAGGGUCAGAACGGCUGAAACUGGAGGGGUGGGUAGACCUGUUUUUGGCCCAAAAUGGGGUUUAAUGUUUAAUCUAGAGCGCCUUUGAACAUCAUUUCCUUCUUCGGUGUUGGUGGCAUGGGUUUGGAUUCAAUUGUCUUCCUUCAGACGUUAUUAUUCCUAUUAUGCUUUAUACAACAUCUAUUCAUGGCUUUGAUCACCAUCUAUUCUUUUUCACUGUCUUGUCUAUCCCCCAAACCCUUCCAGUGUGUUCUUUUGGUCAUCAGGGUUCUGUGUGCUAAGUUUGGUCCCCAUCCGUCAUUGGUGGGCUUCCGAAUGCUCUCUGGAUGCAGGGUGAACGACAACUCCUACACGGGUGGGUCGGUCCCCAAAACCCUCCAGUAUGUUCUGUUGGUCCUGUGUGCCAGGUUUGGUCCUGAUCCAUCAUUGGUGGGGGUUGCAGAUCCAACGUUGGCUGGAUUCAGUGCUCUCUGGAUAAGGGUGAACUACGACUCCCACAUGCCAAGGUCAACCACCCCCAAACCUCACCUGUAUGCACAGUGGGCCAUGCUGGGUCUUUGUGCCAAGUUUGGUCAUUCGCUUGUUUUGUUCUGAGCCCAAAAGGUUCCUGUUCUUUGGAUGCCGAGUGUUCAGGGAAGAGUGAGGUCCGUGAGAUCCAGGAGGCCCUUCAGAGACCACGUCUGGUUGCUUUGCUGAGAAGUCAUGCAAACACGUUCACACAAACGGGAAGGUUGGAAGAUUUGGUUCAUACAGAUUUUAAGUUAAUAACUUUUAAAAAAUAGAAGAUAAAAUUUGGAAUCUUGAAUUAUUAAGUCUGGAGUUGAAAACAUGACACAAUUCAGACAGUGGUUUGUGACACAACAACAACACUUCUAGUGAACUACAGCUCCCACCAUGGUGGGUCAGUUCCCCCCAAACCCCUCCAGUAUAUUAAGUUAGUCUUGGUGGUCCGGUGUGCCACGUUUGGUCUAUUGUCGGUGGUGGUCCCAGUGUCUCUGGAUGCAGGUGAACUAUAAAUCCCAGUAUCUACAACUCCCAAAGGCCCGCCCAAAGCCUACCAGUCUUCCAAAUUGGCCAUAUCGGGUACGCUUGCCAGGGAUAUCCGCACCAGGCUUAUCUUACCUUUGAUACACAAGCACCCAGGCCGUUCAGGAGACUUUUGUACCUCCCUGCUACUUGUAGAUACUCAUUCAGCUACAAAUGACAAUGUUGCAAAGUUUUGUGCGUACAAAAUGCGCCAGGGGAUGAUGGGUCCCAAAAGUUACCUAUGUCUCCAGUAAUCGUCUCUCUUGGUUCUAUAACUGGCUGAUGGACCUCUGCAUUGUAUGUUUUGCCCUGUUUCCCCUUCCGCUUCCCCCCCCCCCCCCGGUUAUUGUGCUUUAGUAUCUUUAUAUUUUAAAUGUACUAAACUUACCAAGUUUGUAUGUAACUGUGACCUUUAUUUCCUGUGCUGGUCUACGACCGAAAUAAAUGAUGAGUUUUGAAAUUUGA